CCAGUCUUUUAUCACAAAGCAAAGAGCAAACAGAACAAACCACCUCACCUACAAACAAAAAGGGUUAUAGAAAACAAAAAAAUUAAACCACAGAUCCAUGGCACCUCAAGGAGACAGGCUUGUGAUGAUCGGAGAAGAAGGGUUCUCACUGAUCGACGAACACUUCUACGCCGGCCAAGUCCACAGCCGCUACCAAACCCAGCAGAAGGAGCUGCAGCCCUGCGUUUACUAUGGGCCGCGAACAGCGACGGUGACGGUGAAGGUGCCGGCGGCUAUGGAGGCGACUAGUUACUACUACGGCGGGAGCAAUCAACCGGCGGGUAGGGAGGAGGAGCAGCAGCCGCUGGUGAUGACGUGUGAAGAGGCGGCCCAGAAGUUUGGUGGGCUUGUGAUUGCGGACCACGGAGCCAGGAGGAGCAGGAGGCGUUCUUCUGCUUCUUCUCAGUUGGGCUUUUGAUGGGCCCGUAUGACGAGAUCUCAGCUGAAGCCGUGACAGAGUGACUCAGCUUUUUUUAAAAUUGUCAGCUGUGUUACUGCUUUUGAGAAGAUACAAGUAUCAGUAUCAUAUUAGAAGUGUCGUAAGUAAGAGCUUUUUUUUCCCCCCCUACUAUUGUCUGUGUUGCUAAGCUCUUAGUUAUAAUUUAACUAGUGCACUCGUGUGGUAGAAAGUCGAGGUGUGCCCUGUGUUUUAAUAGUUAGAGUUCAUAGAGAAAUUGAUGAUUUUGAGUCAUGUAAUGAAACUUGAGUUAAGUAUGUACUUAUUUAUGUAUCAUAUGGUAAUGUGCGAUGGGUCAUGUUCGUAUUUGUGAUUCUACCCAUGUCAUAAAACAUCUGGUCCUAAAAACUGAAGUUGUUAGGAGAAGGUUGUGUUGGGUCUUAUGAAACUCUCUAACAUGCUCCCUCAAACGACACUCAACUCAUAGGCUUGAAGUUUGCACAGGACCACCAUACUUUGUGCUUUAAUCAGCUAUUAAUAUUCAGGGUUGUGUAACUGGUUCUUGAAGUGGUAUCAGAGUCUGGUUAGGCAGAAGAGCCUAGUUACUCUCUCAGUACGGCGUAGGUCGAGUAUGAGCCAAUCUUAUGCCAGAAUGAGAGGCGGUCUUGGGUGUGCAUCAGACGGUCCGGACGCUGAUACACCUGUAUUGGGCCAUUGUGGGGGACCUCGACAUGCGGAGGAUGCAGCGGUCGAGCGAAUGUCGUUCAAUCGAGGAACUAACUCUCACUACAAAAAACUGCUCCUUUUGCGACGAAUUCUAUUGCGACGACAAAAAAAUCAUCGCAGAAAGUGAACAUUUUGCAACGAAAUUUGUAGUUUCGUCGCGCAUUGUGUUAAUAUUCUGCGGUAGGUGAGGUAUAGGAUUUUGCGGCGGUCUUUUAUUUUUCACGACAAAUAGUUUUGUCGCAAAAAGUUCCGGUGACUUUCUGCGACGACUUUCAUCGUCGCCGAAUAGUUGGAUAUUUUCUGCGACGCAUAUCUUCGUCGCAGAAUGUUCGAGACUUUUUGCGACGAAUAUCUAGCUUCGCGGAAUAUGUGAAAACUUUUGCGACGAAGUUUUUAGCUUUUCUGUGACGAUUGUGUUCCGUCACAGAAUGUUCCAGGCUUUUUUGCGACGAUUGUCUUUCGUCGCAGAAUGUCUGAGCCAUUUUGAGAAUUAAGAAUAUUUAGUGGAUGAGUACCUAUGCACAUAACUAAGUAAAAAAAACCUUAUCGCAUUCAAUUGAUUUGUGAUUUUCGUAUGAAGAAAUUUUAUUUAAUAAAAGGCAUAAAAAACAUAUGAUUAUUUAAUAGAUUGAUAAAUCUUGA